UCACACUGAAGCACCCUGACUUCCCGCCAUCUCGGUGACGUCAUGCGGGACGCGCCGUUCGGUUCCCGUGCCAACCAGUUCCCCCGGUGACUGGCUGCAGAGGGCGGGGCCGCGGUCGCGAUGCUGGUGGAUGAGCCAUCAUCAACAUGAGCCAGACGCCGGAGGCCAGGUCUAGGGACAAUCAAACGAGGCAGAUUCAAGAGACUGUUACCAAUGUGGAGAAGCACUUUGGUGAGCUGUGCCAAAUCUAUGCCGGUUAUGUGCGUAAAAACGCCAGAUUGCGGGACAAGGCCGAUCUCUUGGUGAGAGAAGUCCACGCAUAUGCGGACACCGAAACUCCAAACCUUAAACAUGGGUUGAAGUGCUUUGCGGAUGAACUUGCCAAACUUCAGGAUUACCGGCAAGCAGAGGUUGAGAGACUGGAAGCCAAAGUGGUUGAACCUUUGAAAAACUAUGGCUCCAUCAUUAAGCUUAAAAGGGAGGACCUUAAAGUGACCUUAAGUGCUCGGAAUAGAGAAGCAAAGCAAAUGGCUCAACUGGAGAAAACGCGCCAGAGAAAUCCAUCAGAUCGGCAAAUCAUUUCACAGGCUGAAACAGAGCUACAGAGAGCCACCAUGGAUGCUGCACGAAUCAGCCGCCAGCUUGAGGAAACAAUUGACAACUUUGAAAAGCAGAAAAUUAAAGACAUAAAGAAAAUAUUUAGUGAAUUUGUUACAGUCGAAAUGGUGUUCCAUGCAAAAGCUGUGGAAGUCCUGACUGCUGCCUUUCAUCAUAUUGAAGAUAUUGAUGAGGAGGAGGAUUUAGAGGUUUUCAGAAGUUCUCUGCACCCACCAGAUUAUCAGUCUCGACUUGACAUUGUACGUGCCAAUUCAAGAACAGGAUCCAUGAGGCAAACAUCCUCUUCUUUAUCGCAGUCUUCAGUGAGCAGACACAAAAAGGAAGAGGAGGAUGAUGACCUGGAUGAGGAUGAAGAGUCAACCGAAGAGGAAAACGGACAUUAAGAAUCCAUGCAGUUUUUCUGACCCGCUCUUUCU